AUUUUCGGAAACCUCAAUACCCACGGCUAGGGUUUCUCUCUACCCGUAUAAAUAGACUCUCCCUCUCCGCGCGCCGCCGCCACGGCAACCCCCGACGCUCCGCCGCCGCGACCACCAGUCCUCGAGGAAAGAUGCCGAAGCAGAUCCAUGAGAUCAAGGACUUCCUCCUUACUGCUAGAAGGAAGGAUGCUCGCUCUGUGAAAAUCAAGAGGAGCAAAGAUGUUGUGAAGUUCAAGGUGCGGUGCUCCAAGUACUUGUACACCCUCUGUGUCUUCGACGCGGAGAAGGCAAACAAGUUGAAGCAAUCCCUCCCCCCAGGUUUGAGUGUCCAAGAAGUCUGAAGACUCAAGCAAGAGAGAGAGAUGGUGUAGCGGGAAGCUUUUCCUUGCCAUCAUCAGAAGUCUUCUGAAUUAUCUUGAGAAACUUUUGACCUGUGAACAAUGUAGACUUCGCCAUGGAUUAAUGUUAUCGCCAGUUUUGUGUGCGGGGAGACCAAUCCCGUCCCGGUCAGAUGACCGUAUUUCUACUGA